AUGACAAGUAAAGUGUUUUAUUGUGGACAUCCUACUGAAAUAAAUUUAUCAGACCAGGUAAAUUCAUAUAAAUAUAUAAAAAAUAUAAUCAUUCCGAAUCAAUUGUUAGAUGAUGCAAAAUUAUUAAGCAAAAUUAAAUAUUUUAAAAUAACUAAAAAUGAUAAGAUAAAAAAUUUAUUAGAGAAUCUAAAGAAACAUCAAAACGAUGAGAUUACCUGCAUAUUUGCAUAUGGCCAACAUUUACAAAAAGCGUUGAGUGUGGUGGAAUUGUAUAAAACUAAGAUAUUAUUACCUGAUAAGGUUGUGUUUAAACAAUGGAAUAGAUUAUUAUCAUUUGAUGUUAUCUCACAAGGUAAAAAUGAGUUACUAGACAAAAAGAUUAAGGUGCCCAUACUGUUAAUAUUCAUAACAACAAACAAAGAGCACUUUAAGUUAGAAACAUUUAUUAAUGAAACUAACGGUUUCUCCGAACAAGAGUAA